UAAUUUUCUUCAUCUUCUUUCGGCAAUAAUCUGAGUAUCUGCGGUGAAAAGUGACCGAAAGCACGAGGGAAUUAUCUGUGGCGUGUUUAGACCAUACGGCCAGAAAUAUUGCUCUCAUUCUCCUGCAUCGACAUGAAGACGCUAAAGAUAAUCUCCUUUUUCAAUCCUGUUUUGCUUUUCUGGGGAUUUUGCUGGGGUGCUUUCGAUGCGGGAGCUAUAGCACAUAGUUCAAGUGAACCCGGAGUGUCCCGCCACGAAGUCUCCCACUCAGUUCUAAGCCAGGAAGGUCGGACAAGUGUAGUCUAUACGUUAACGGGAAACGACAAUCACGCCCCUUGCGUCUUCCCAUUUUUUUACGACGGCAAGAACUACACAUCGUGCACCUUCAAGGACUGCAAACAUAACCUGUCUUGGUGUGCAACCACCAAAAACUACGAUAGAGAUAAGAAAUGGGGUCACUGUCAGACAGACAAGGACGUAACCGAUUGUCCUGACCUUCAUAGUCGUUGCGGAAUUUGGGCUCAGGAAGGCGAAUGUGUGGUCAAUGCCCCGUACAUGUGCCAAAAGUGUGCACGAUCCUGCGGCUUAUGCACUUUUGGAGGAAAUGGGCGAGGACGACCUUGCAAAUUUCCUUUUUUCUACAAAGAAAGACUCGUGUACAACUGUUUGCACUUUAAUAAGCAAACAUGGUGUGCGACAACAACCGACUACAACAUGGACAAGAGAUGGGGCUACUGUUUUCCAAAAUUAUAUCGAGAUAUAAGAGAAGUUAACGAGAAAUAUUUUCAUUGGGGAGAGUGCGACGAUAUGAAUGAUGAUUGUCAACAGUGGGCAAAGCAGGGAUUGUGUCAAAAGGAUCCUGAGAAAAUGAACGAGAUGUGUCCAUGGAGUUGCCACAAGUGUGCGCCUAUGAAGUUAGUUACCCUCAAAGGAUGCAAGGAUUACAGCUCAAUGUGUGCAGACUGGGCUAGAAGAGGAGAUUGUGACGAUAACGCCGUGUUUAUGUUUGCAUUCUGUCGUUGGUCUUGCAAACAAUGCGCCAAAUCAACAAUUGAGAAGACAGCACGUGAUAGAAUGCCAAGAGAAUGUAAACAGUGGGUGCGUAACGGUGAUUGUUUCCUUCACCAAGAGUUUAUGUUACAGAAUUGUAGGGAGUCUUGUAUGGCAGGGGGAUAUGAAAAGGGACGCAUGUGCUUAGAUGAGGUGGCAGAUUGUCAUAACUUGGCAAGAGAAGGAUUUUGUAAAAGCCGGAGUAGUAUGGGCAUUAUGAGAAAAUACUGCAAAUACAGCUGCGGAUGGUGCUCUUAAAACGUAUAGAACCU